AUGCCGUACCUGGAAGAUGGCGAGACCUGGUCUGCAGACUACGAUGUCGCUGAGCAAGGCAUGGCGGAGAACAGGCCGGGACACCGGAAGUUCUCCAGCUACCGGCUGCCGACCUGGGCGAAGCAUCCCUUGACCCAUCCUUUCAACGGCAUCGUCACCGGACCCAAGGACUACAUGUAUGCCGCCGGUGAUGGUUUCGUGAACCCCCUCGGCUGGUCGGAUGCCCACAUUGCCUGCAAGUACGGCGACGUCACGAUGCUGGAGCGCAGCACCCCCGAGGCCCUCAGCAGACCAACCUCCAUGGGCGACCUUCCAGCUCAUUACGCCGUCAUGUACGGCAUGCCCUGGUGCUUAGCAAAGCUCGUAGAGCUCGGUGCCGACACGAUGUCUCCCAACAACGCCGGCGACACCCCCGAAACGAAGAUAUGGAAAGUCAAAGAGCUCCAUGCCCAAGAACAGGAGUGGCUUUUCCAGGCUCUCAAGGGCGAGUUGAGUGAGAAGAACUCGGUAAAGGCGCAAGA